AUGGAAGGAUCAGGUAAAACCACCCUUGCCAAAGCCAUCUACCAUCAAAUCCAUGGUACAUUCAUUCAUAAAAGUUUCAUUGAAGAUAUUGCACAAGCUAGAGAACCAAGAGGGCGUAUUCAUUUACAAAAACAACUUCUUUCAGAUGUCCUAGAAACAAAGGCGAAGAUAAAUACCGUUGAGAUGGGAAGAAAUAUGAUUCGGGACAGACUUUUUGGGAAAAGGGUCCUCAUCGUACUUGACGAUAUGGAUGACUAUCUUCCAUUAUUAGAUAUAAGUAAAAGUCGUUCAUGGUUAAGUGCAGGAACAGUAAUAAUAAUGACAACAAAGGACGAAGACCUAUUUAGCAAAUAUCAAGUUGAUUCUGUUGUUCGGAUAAAUCUAAUGAAUGAAAACGAGUCCCUUGAGCUUCUUAGUUGGCACGCAUUUAGAGAAGCAAAACCACAAAAAAAAUACGAUUACCUUGCAAGAAGUGUAGUUACUCAUUGUGCAGGACUACCUCUAGUUCUUGAAGUCAUUGGAAGUACCUUAUUUGAAAGGACGGAAGAGGAAUGGUAUAGUGUAUUGUAUGAAUUACAUAAAAUUCCCAUGCACCGUGUUCAACGGAAAUUGGAAAUAAGCUUGGACCGUUUACGUAAUCAAAUGGAAAGGGAUUUAUUCCUUGAUUUAUGUUGUUUCUUUGUUGGUAAGGACAGAGCCUAUGCUACGAAGAUCCUAAAUGGCCCUCGAGUAGAAGCUGAUAGUGGAAUAAGAGUUCUCAUGAAGCGUAACCUCAUUAAAGUCAAAAGGAAUAACAAAUUUGGAAUGCAUCCUUUACUACAAGAAAUGGGAAUAGCAAAUUUUUGUGAGAUUUCAAGAGAGAAACGUGGGAAGAACCGUCAACUGUUGUUUGAUGUGGAUGCAGAAUAUUCAUUGCAAGUGUACGCUAUAAGAACAUUCUUUGAGAGAAAAGAUUAUGAGGUAUUGCCUGUCUUGCUUUCAACAAGAAGAGAACCAUCAAGACUUCCGAAAGACGGUGUAAAUUCUGAGAACCUUUCUCCAAAAUUGAGAUGGAUUAGUUUCCGUGGGUUUUCUAUAGAAUACCUACCCAACUACUUUAAUGCGCAUGAUACCACAGCGAUUGAAAUAAAACACAGUCUUCUUCAAUUCUUUUGGGAAGAACCCCAGGUUUUGAGAUCACUGAAAGUCCUUAACCUUAGUCACUCCAUGUACUUGACAGAAACACCUGACUUUUCGAGACUACCAAAUCUUGAAGAACUCAUUCUAAAAGAUUGUCCGAGAUUGCAGGAAGUACACCAAUCUAUUGGACAUCUCUGUUAUCUUAUACUACUCAAUUUGAAGGACUGUAAACGUCUAAGCAAUCUCCCCCAAGAGAUAUAUAGGUUGAAAUCUUUAAAAACUCUUAUCCUCUCUGGGUGUUCGAAGAUUGACCCAAUGGAGAAAGAUAUAGUGCAAAUGAAAUCCUUGAUAACUCUAGUUGCUGAAAAUACAACUGUGAAAAAAGUUCCUUUUUCAAUUGUAAGUUCAAAAGCCAUUGGAUAUAUAUCCUUACAAGGAUUUGAGAGAUUGUCACGUAAUUCUUUUCUUUCCAUCAUUAUUCGGUCUUUGAUUUCGCCGACAAUGAAUCCCAUAUCUUAUAUUCAUUCCUUGUGCAUGGAUAUCGAUAACAAUUGGGAAGACAUUGGACCAUUGCUUAGCAGCCUGGAAAAUCUUCGAAGUGUUUUGGUUCAAUGUGACACCGAAUUUCAAUUAUCUGAGCAAGUAAAAAAUAUUCUGGUCUACUAUUUUUCAAAAUUUACCCAAUCAGAAAUUUCAAAGCAGAACUCCAGAUCUUCUUUGAUUGGUGUUGGAGCAUACCUUGAAUUCUUCAAUGCUGUCCGAGAUAACAUAUCUGAGGUAUUGGCAAGUAGUGAGUCUUCUGAUGUCAACCGCCCUUAUUGGUUGGCCUAUAUGGGUGAGGGAGAUUCUGUUUCUUUCACUGUGCCUCUGGAUAAUGACAUUAAGGGAAUGGUUUUGUGUGUUGUUUAUGUAUCAACCCCUGAAAUUGAGGCAACUGAAUGUCUUAGAAGUGUUUUAAUUGUUAAUUACACAAAGUGCACUUUACAGAUACACAUGCAUGGCAAAUUAAUUUCCUUUAAUGAUAUAUAUUGGCAGACUAUAAGGUCAAAUUUAGGAUCAGGAGACAAGGUGAAGAUUUUUGUGAAUUUUUCUCAAGGAUUGGUAGUCAAGAAUACAUAUGUCUAUCUUAUAUGUGGUGAUUCACAUUACUUGGAAAAAGAGCCUACUCCAAACAAAAAUUAGAUUCAUAGAGAAAAUUGUAAAGUGACUUCUGGCAAGUCAUUUAUCUUCUAUGGGAACUGCAGGAUCCCUUUACUUGUGGAAUUAAUCUGUGCCCUUAAUUGCAAUUCAUUUUUUUUCCAUCCUUUCCUUGUUUUUCGUAUAGCUUAUAGUUAAGAAAUUCUUGUUUAUUUUAGUCCUGUUUCUCACUCCUCAUAUUGUGCUUC